UUGUUAAGUGUCGCUUUUGUUACAAAGAAAAUCGAGUAAAAAUGGCUCGUUUGACGGGUUUUUUUGGUUUGAUGUUGAUUUUGAGUUGCGGGGCAAUUUGUUCCUCUGCUCUUACCACAUUUUCCUUAGAAGAUAAACUGCAAGAAUUGGAAUUGAGACUAGAAGCCAAAAUUGAAGCUAAAAAUGCUCAACUUGAAGAAAAGGUGACGCAACUAGAGGCGCAACUUGAACUAAAUAAUGAACUAAGACAAGAUUUGGCAUUGAAAGUAAUUCAAUUAGAGGCCAAAAAUGUCCAACUGGAAGUCAAAAUUCAGGACCAAGAAAGAAAAUUAACUUCCCUGUUGGAAGCGACUGAACUUCCGGUUUCCACUGAUUCAAAAUUAUUUCCAGUUAAAAAAGAAAUUUCAAUUCGAUCAACUGGAAAGAGCGGAAUUCCAAGGACAUGCAGACAACUUCAAGCGAUCGAUCCUUCACUUUCAUCCGGAAUGCACUGGAUCGAUCCGGACGGGCAAGGAGUCGGCGAUGACCCAAUUUACGUUUACUGCGAUAUGACAUCAGGAUCGACCUCAAUUCUACACGAUAGUGAAUCUUCUUUAAAUGUGGGCCACUGCGCCGAUGCCGGGUGCUAUUCACGCUCCAUCAACUACAAUUCGUCAAUGGGACAAAUAAAAGCUUUGAUGGAAUUGUCCACUGAAUGUCAUCAGUCGAUUAAAUACGACUGCUACUACGUCCCGUUCGAGUUAAAUGGCGUCGCCUACAGUUGGUGGAACGACAGAGAAGAAAACGCGCAAUACUUUUGGGCCGGAAAUAACACGGACGGAGUUCACACCUGCCAGUGCGGAAUUGAUGGAAACUGUGUCGAUUCUGCAGUGAAAUGCAACUGCGACACGAUUUCACCAAUUCAAUUAGUCGACGACGGUGUCAUUACCGACAAAAAUGUUCUGCCCGUCACUCGUUUGAAUUUCGGACGAACUCAACUGGAAACUUCAUCCGGCGUCCACACGCUGGGCCGACUCGUGUGCACCGGAUUAGUGACUUUGACUGGACUACCAAAGUCGUGCCAAGACUUGUGGUUAAUUGGCCACACCCUGAACGGAUUUUAUUCCGUCAUGGGAUCGGCGAUGAUGGAAUCAGUUUACUGCGAUUUCACUAAACUACCGGACGAUGCGGUUUUCCAGAAAUGGAUUGGAUACACCGACGUCAAAUCGACGCCCGUCCAUUUCUACGUCCAGAGAUAUUCUAAUUUUAACAAAACUUCAACUCCGAUUACGUUCGAGUUGGCGGUGGUGAACGAGGGAAACGCCAUGAAUUUGACAUCGGGGAAAUUCACGGCACCGCGACCGGGAAUUUAUUUUUUCUCUUUCGCGGGAGUGGCGCGUCUUGAAGAUUAUAGAUCUUCUUUUGAUAUUUCUUAUUUAGAUAUUAUUCUUUAUAUGAACAGUCGAUCAAAUCGAAUCGGAUUGAGUUCUGUUAUAGAGAGUAAGUGCCCCGCUGAUCAAUAUAGCCCGUUGUCCCUCCAGUCGACGCUGAACCUGAAAAAAGGCGAUCAACUUUGGGUGGAGAUUAAUUAUCCUUGGUACGAAGGUUCAUCCUCGUAUUUGUAUGACAGCGUUGGCCACGCCACCCAUUUCACGGGUUUCAUGUUGGAGGAGGAAAUUGUGGCGUCCCUCUGAGGUUUCGGGUUCAACAUCCAAAAUUCGCAAAAUGAACGUCAACACGAAUUUUGGGGAAGGGAAUUUUAAGGGGG